UAGAAUGACCAAGACCGGAUAUGACGUAUCUCCUGGCUGGUUGACGUAGCCACUACUUUAGCCUCAGAAACCAUGUAGUUUUUCAGUAAAUCGAAUUUACUGUCUGGUUUUGCGUUUGGAGGAAUGUGGAAGUCGAGAACAUUGAGAAGUUAUUUAUCUUUCAGACUUCGCAGCUUCAUUUGUUCUAUUUUGUAGCUCAUUUCACGUAGCUAGCUCGUUACUACACUAGGUAGCUAAUUGUAGCUAGCAGGUCGAGCAGCUGUAAUUAUGAAACGACAGCUCAGUGAGAUUCACUGAAACGACGGAGCGUGUUCACUCGCUUUCAGGUGAAAAUGCAGUCGUGUGAGCUCGGGUUGGGAAGAUGAACAUCUCUGGUUCGGAACUAGAAGCGGCUCGUUAGAUCUCAGCAGCUGUGGGUUCAGGGAGCAGCAGGUAACUCACGAUUUACAAUCUGUUAGGAGCAAAACGCGACAUUUGGCAGUAUGGAUUUCAACAGCGUGCUUUCCAUCGCCUCCCAAAAGCAAGGCCUGAGCAGCUUACCGAAGAGGUACAGUCUGAAACCUGGCCCUCCAAAGAAAGACCCCAAAGUAAAAGGUGUCAGUUCCUCUGCAGUGCAAGCGUACCUAAAGAAGCAGGAGCUGGAACAGAGAAAGAAAGACUCCGAGAAACAACGGCAGAAGGAUGAACUCGUGGCCAAGAGAGUGGAAUUGAAAUCCGACCGAAAGGCACGUGCUAUGGCGUCUCGCACCAAGGACAACUUCCACGGCUACAAUGGCGUACCUCUUGUAGAUCAGCCUAAGAAAAGGCUGAGUAAGGGUUCAAGGUUUGAUGAACAAACAGGAGAGGAGGAUUUUUACGAUGAAGACGGUUAUGAAUAUGCAGGCACCGACUCUGAAUCUGAACCCGAACCCCCGCCUGCUGUAAGGCCUCAAGAACGCAGUAAUGGCUCAACUAAAAUGAGCAACACACAGAAAAAAACUUGUGCUCCACCCAAGGCUGCAACCCCAGCCAUGAAUUUUGCAGAUCUCUUAAAGCUUGCUGAGAAAAAACAGUUUGAACCUGUCGAGCUGAAACCAACAAAGAAAACUGAAGAGAGGCUUCGCACAGCAGAGGAAAUUAGAGAGUUAGAACUUGAGCGCAAAGCUAAGAAACAGGAUAAAAGGAGAGACAUUAAACCAGAUAAAAGUUCAGGACACAAAGAUAGCAAAUCCAGCACAAAUUCUCACAAGAACACUAUGGUUGAAAGGGAAGGAAUAUCGCACAGGCCAUCGAAUGAGAAAUCGUCCAGUGGACUUAGCAAAACGCCAAAGUCGCACAUACAGACUGAGCGACCACACAGUUCUGCAAAAUCAUCUCAUGGAUCCAAACCUGGCUCUAGCUCCUCAGGUGCCUUUAAUGGUAAAGCUGCCAUGAAGGGAACUUCAGUUUCAGUCAAGCAAACUGGGCCCAGGCCGAAGUCUGGUGAAAAGCCAACCACCUCAAGUGACCUUAACUCUAAGAAAGGCUAUCCAGGACUACCUCAAGUAAAAAGUAAUAGUUCUGGGAGCCGAGCUGUUGCUGCUUCAAACUUAUCCAGACCUUCAGGUCAUGGGCAAGGGAUUAAAGGGUCUGGGCAUACCAGACCUAGUCAGGGUAACGUGGAUAAAAAAGGAACUCCUCAAAAGCCAGGAAAGGGAGAGUUGCCUCGAUCUGGUGGCAAUCCCCCUCCCCGACCAGGUAUAAAUGGAUCUAUGAAUUCAGCACCUUCUGGUUCCUCAAAACAAGCAUUUCAGCAACCAAGACCUGGAAGCAGCAUACAGGGUCGUCCUGUCCCUGGAGGGGCAAAACCCUCUGCAAAUGGACAAGGCAAAUUUAGCAGACCAUUAAACAGUAUGGGACCAGGUCCUGGAAGACCCCCAUGUACUGUUGUGUCUGAGACCAUUUCAUCUAAGAACUUUGCACCUAAACAAGGAAUGGCUGCCAGGCCUCCAGUUUCUCAGGGGCCCAAAACAAUCAUUGGACCAACCGGUCAUAGAAUUUUGGUUAAAUCAACUGAAACCAUGCUACCACCAAUAACAUCUAGCUACAAACGCAAGUGCAUGGAUGAAGAGGAGUACGACUCUGAGAUGGAUGACUUCAUUGAUGAUGAAGGAGAAGACCAGGACGAAAUUUCGAAACACAUCCGAGAAAUCUUUGGCUAUGAUCGGAAAAAAUACAAAGAUGAGAGUGACUAUGCAUUGAAGUUUAUGGAGAGCAGUUGGAAAGAACAACAGAAGGAGGAAGCGCGAAGUUUGCGCUUGGGUAUUAAAGAAGAUGAAGAAGACAUGCGUAAGGAGGAGGAGGAGAUGAAACGGAAGGAAGCGAUGAAAGCAAAACGCAGAAAAACUUGAUGUUUGAGUUUGUUUUUUUUUCUCACUGACUUUUGUGGAGUAAAGCAGGCUCAACACUUCCUUGUGCCAUUCUGCAAUUAAUGUUACAUUAUUAUUUAUGUCCAAUUACCAAAAAUGGGGAUCAGUUUUGCACUACCAGGAGCCCAUCUUUGUUAGCUGAGCUUUAGAGAAACUAUAUAAUGCAUCACUUAUGCCAUUUUUUAUAUUGGUAAAGAUCAUGGAAUUACAAUUAUGUAAUUAAAGAAGCAGCACCUGCUUUGGUAUUUGUUCAGGAUUUCAAGAUUAGGAGUCUUAUUUUAUUAACGGUAUUUAAUGAUCGAAUCAUUCUGCAAUUUUUGCAAUGUAUUUUUCUUGUUAAAGCAGUUUGACAGACCAA